UUUAUAAAGGCAAAAACAAGGUAGAGAGAAAGAGAGAGACGGAACGAGAGAGAGAUGGCGGCCGUCCGGCUAGAUUAAUCGGGACGGGAUUGAAAGUGGUUCUGAGUAAUUUGGAAGGGCAAAAAGAUUUCCACGCCAAACGAAGCUAAUCUGAAUCAAAUACCAGAAGCACUGACCGCACAACGCCUGCGAAUUCCUCUCUUGCUCAAUUUGUGUUCCCCCUCUCUUUACCUCAAUUCUCCAUUUUUUGCCGCGAAAUUUGAAUCAGCAGCCACAAUGGAAGGCAUUUUCCUCGGAGGAUUUGAACUUCGUUUGGCCGCAUUUGUUUAUAUCAGAGCUGCUAGCAACGAACCGGAAAUUUAUUUAUAACCUGCUGGAAAUUUGUUUGUUUUAUAAGUAUUUAUUUAUUUGUCGAGUAUUCAGCGCGGGGAGUAUUGAUUACUUUGAAGAAAGUAUGGUGGAAUUGAGUGUGUAGUAGAUCCGUAUUGGUGGUGAAUGGAGUCUGGGGAUUAUCCCACAUCGGGCAGCGAGAUAAAAUGCUGUGACCGCGACUCCGAUUGCAACGAUUCUUCGAUGAUGGAGAGGACUGGUGGUCAGGCUGUGAAGCGAAAAUGUGAUGAGUUUGAGGAAGAAACCUGCCUCUCCACCCAAAUUGCCCGUGUAGAGAUAGGAAAUGAAUGUACGGCUCUCCGUGAGAUGGUGAUCAGCCAGCAGCAGACCAUUGAUGACCUGAUUUCUGAGUUGGAGGAAGAGAGGAAUGCUGCGUCCACGGCUGCCAAUGAAGCUCUCUCAAUGAUUCUGAAGCUUCAGAAGGAUAAAGCGGAGUUUCAGAUGGAAUUAAGGCAAUUUAAGAGGUUCGCAGAGGAAAGAAUGGCUCAUGAUCAGCAGGAGACGUUGGGAUUGGAGGAUAUGUUGUAUAAGAGGGAGGAAGCCAUACAGUCACUUGCUUAUGAGAUUGAGGCAUAUAGACAGAAGAUGUUGAGCUAUGGGCUCUCAGAGACUGAAGUGGAUGGAGUCGUCCAGGCUAUGAGCCGGAACUACAGCAUGAUUGAGGACAUUGAAGGUCAGUUUGACUAUGUAAAUGAGAUGUACCCUCCUCUCAAAUGCAAUUUGAAUGAUUCACUAACUUAUCCAAUUGGUGAUGAUGAAAUGCCUGAUAUUGAGAAAUAUGCAUUUGGGGAAACUCCGCAUCCAAGCGACCAAUUAAAGGAUUUGGAUUGUCGAAUCAAUCAAUUGGAGAAAAGUCCAAAAGCCAUUUAUCCUGAUGGUGAAUUAGUUAAUGCAAAACAAGUGCUUGAAAAAGUAAUAGUUGGCCAUUCUCCAAGACCUAGGAAGUUCUGUACUGACGGCCAACAAUCACCUUUUGCAAUGGCUAAAGAAAAGGGCCCAGAAUUUUCCAAGUGUUAUUCUCCAAAGUUUGCCGGCAGUUUCAAGAAGUCAGUAUUUUCCUAUAUUGAGGAGAAUCCUAGGAAGGCAGAUAAUGCAUCAGAAUAUGGAGAUGAAUCGUGCGACAGAGUCUGCACAGUUGAUUCUGUUCAACAGGGACCUAUUCAUAAUCAGCCAAUGAGUUGCAAUGCUUCUUCUUUUGGUGUUGGUGGUGAUGAGGAGUUGAAUUAUUCCAGUUCUAAAGACCUUGAGAUUCAAAAGUUAUAUGCAAGACUUCAUUCUCUUGAGGCUGAUAGAGAGUCUAUGAGACAAGCAAUUAUUUCUAUGGGGACUGAGAAAGCACAAGUAGUGCUGUUGAAGGAGAUAGCGCAGAACUUAUGCAAAGAAAUGUCUCCAAAGAAUAUCCCCUUGAGGAAGCAAAACGAGACCAGGAAAUUUACCUUCAUGUCGAUAUUCAAGUGGAUUGUUCCUAUUUUUAGCUGGAGGAGAAAAGGACGAAGGGCCAGGUACAUGUUCGGUUUAUCAGCCAACAAUAUUGGCACGUUAGUGCUUUUAGACAGGAGCCCUCGUGUGGGAUUAUGGAGGCAUCAAUUCAUUACAAACACACAAAACUAAAAAGUGGAAAAUCAGUAUGUGAUGUCUUUGAUCAUCAAAAUGGAUGUUAGUUUUUUUCUUAAGUUCUAGCUGCAGCUUGAUUGGUAUGGUGCUUGAUAGCCAUUGUUUGCUCCUUACUUGUGUUCAUUGUAUUUAGCGUUGUGGUCAGUCACCAAUAUUCGAAAACCUGUCUAUCCUAGCAAAGGCAAGCCUCUUUGCUGCCUCUUUUCUGUGUAUUUGUUUUUGGAUGAACUCUCAAGUUUAUUGUUUGCUAAAUAAACGAUUUUUCCACCCUCA